GCGUUUGCGCCAAUAACACGCGUCUAAGUACGUACCCGUUCUCGUCGUCUGAUGUCAGGAUUGUGCGUAGUGUGAACAUGGCGACUUACGUGGACAUCCUGAGGAGUGAGUUCCCAGAGAUAGAUGGUGAGCUGUUUAGCUAUGUUACCGGAAUUUUGGAUACAUCCAGCAGUGAUUUUGAAUCUGAAGAUGACUUGUUUGAUGCAGUUGGCAUGUACCUUCAGGAGGUGUCAUCAAAUUCUAAAAAUGAAGACGAUAUCAAAAGGAUCUGUCAAAAAAUGUAUAAUACAUUGAAAGUCAAUGAUUGUACCUCAUCUGACAAAGUACUUUUGGAUGCACCAGUUCAGUUAUCCAAGAUUACAGGGACCUAUGAUUCUCAAGUAAAUGAUGUGCAGGGAAUCUGGAUGAUGAAAAGAGAUCCGUCAUCUUCGACAGUAAAUUCCAAAAAGCUGGAAAAAGCAGAAGCCAAACUGAAAGCCAAACAAGAUAAGAGAAUGGAGAAGGACACUCAAAAAUCUUCAGGAUCUAUACUUCUUGAAGAAGCAUCUGCCAGUCAGGCUUCGAGUAAGAAGGAAAGUCGUUUGGAAUUAUCUGGGAAAAAUAAAUCAUAUGAUAUUCGAAUCGAAAAUUUUGAUGUUUCCUAUGGAGAACGAACAUUAUUGACUGGCGCUGAAAUUAAUCUAGCCUCUGGUAGGCGAUACGGUCUUGUGGGUAGGAAUGGACUGGGCAAAACCACACUGCUGAAAAUGAUUGCCAGUAGAAAUUUGCGAAUCCCAUCACAUAUCAGUAUCCUGCAUGUGGAGCAGGAAGUGGCAGGAGAUGACACAGAAGCCUUGCAGAGUGUCCUGGAGUGUGACACAUUACGGGAGAGUCUGCUGAAGGAGGAGAAAGCACUAACUGCAAGAAUUAAUUCAGGAAAAGGUGAUGGGACAGAAAGUGUUCGACUGUCAGAAAUAUAUGCUGCUUUGGAGGAGAUUGAAGCAGAUAAAGCACCAGCCAGAGCCUCCAUCAUUCUUGCUGGCUUAGGUUUCACGGCCAAGAUGCAAAAACAGACAACAAAGGAGUUUUCAGGAGGCUGGAGAAUGAGGCUUGCCUUAGCCAGAGCACUUUUUGCGAAACCUGAUCUGCUUUUACUUGAUGAACCAACCAACAUGUUGGACAUCAGGGCAAUUUUGUGGCUAGAGAGCUACCUCCAGACAUGGCAGUCAACAAUUCUUGUAGUAUCCCAUGACCGGAAUUUUCUGAAUGCAGUAGCCACAGAUAUCAUCCACCUGCACUCUCAGCGGCUUGACAUGUACCGUGGUGACUAUGAAAAUUUUUACAAAACCAAGGAGGAGCGGUUAAAAAACCAGCAAAGGGAAUGGGAGGCCCAGCAACAGUACAGAGAACACAUACAGGUGUUUAUUGACCGAUUCCGAUACAAUGCAAAUAGAGCAUCGCAGGUACAAAGCAAGCUCAAGCUGCUUGAGAAAUUACCUGAACUGAAACCUGUCGAUAAGGAUACUGAAGUUAUCUUGAAAUUUCCUGAUAAUUUUGAGAAGCUGUCUCCUCCAGUUCUUCAGUUAGAUGAGGUUGAUUUCUACUACAGUCCAGACAAGAUAGUGUUCAAGAACCUCAACGUAUCUGCUGACUUGGAGUCCCGCAUCUGUGUUGUGGGUGAGAAUGGUGCUGGUAAAUCCACAAUGCUGAAAAUUCUGUUGGGAGAACUUGCACCAGUCCAAGGAGUAAGACAUGCACACAGAAAUUUGAAAAUCGGAUAUUUUAGUCAGCACCACGUGGACCAGCUGGAGCUUAAUGUUAAUGCAGUAGAACUGCUUGCGCACAAGUUUCCAGGAAAGCCAGAAGAGGAGUACCGUCACCAGCUGGGGCGCUAUGGAGUAUCUGGAGAGCUGGCUGUACGACCUGUUGCUAGCUUGUCAGGAGGACAGAAAAGCAGAGUGGCCUUUGCACAGAUGACAAUGCCUUGUCCCAACUUCUAUAUUCUGGAUGAGCCAACUAACCACUUGGACAUGGAAACAAUUGAGGCUUUGGGGAAGGCCCUGAAUACAUUUAAGGGCGGAGUUAUACUUGUGUCUCACGAUGAGCGUUUUAUUCGCAUAGUAUGUAGAGAACUCUGGGUAUGUGAAAACCAAACAGUACGACGGUUAGAUGGUGGCUUUGAUGAAUACAAAGAUGUAUUACAAGAACAGUUCCUCAAGGAGGGGUACUUAUAAUUCCUUUUUCUGGAAAGCUAAGGACCUCUUGACUGUACUGAAGAGUUGCACUGAAGAGAAAAAAAAGCCUUGUGCCACACACAAGGGAAAUCAUUACAGAACAGCCAACAAAUUUUGUUGUUGUAUUGUAAGGAGAAAAGUAACUGAUUUUUCAGUCUUGUAUUCUGCCACUAAGGAUCCUGUACAGGCUCCCCCCAACCAACAGAAAAACAUCCUGUUACUAAGCCACAUAAUCACUUCAGUUCCUACUGACAGCUUCGGAAGGAGACACCUGCUUACUUUUAUUGCCCCCAAAUUCAUAAUCCUCAUUUUAAAUGACUUCUGCAGUUGUUACCAGACAUGAGAAUCAGGAAAGUGUUAUUCCAGUAAUUUAUGAACCCAGACAUUUUGACUGGUGGUAUGUUAAUAAAGAAUUAUGACUUUAAA